UUGCAGGAGUGUCCAGGACAUUGUCUUCUAGAAGUGAUGCCCACAGAAAGCGGAAGUUGUUCAGCUGCUCGCCAGGCAAAACAGAAAUGCAAAUCACAUAGUCUUUCUAUAAGAAGAACUAACAGCUCAGAACAGGAAAGGACGGGACUACCAAGAGAAAUGUUAGAAGGACAAGAUUCUAAACUGCCUUCCUCAGUUCGUAGUACGCUGUUGGAACUGUUUGGUCAAACAGAAAGAGAAUUUGAGAACCUUUAUAUUGAAAACUUAGAAUUACGUAGAGAAAUUGAUACUCUUAAUGAACGUUUGGCUGCUGAAGGACGAGGAAUUGAUGGAGCAGAGCUGAGUAAGGGCCAACUCAAAAGGUAG